AUGAAUCUCGGGCCAUUUCAGGCCUUGACGUCACCGGCGGCGCACGUGCUUGGCUACACACUUUUGCUGCUGACGCACGCGACAAUUGUGAUUGUGAUGCUCCUCAACAUACGCAUUGCGAUACUGAACAAGACCAUGGGCGCGCACAUGACCGAGGCCAAGAUCGAGGCGACCGUCGUGUUUCCCGAGUACGUUUUGCACAUGAAGAAGACGACGACACCCGACGACGGGAACUGGUCGUUGAACGGCAAGAGCGGCGACGUCUUUUACAGUGUCCUUGAGGAAACACUGCGCUCGAUGCGGUACGAGACGAGCAACCAAAAGGUCACUCGAAAAGCCAUUGCAAAGAGGAGGUGA